GCUGUCAGUUUGGUGCAGCUGCUGUUGACACAAACUCGGGACGGGAAGAAACAAAAAACAACCCAGGCAAAGUGCAGCCAAAACCCUCGGAAUGUCCACCCUAACGCGUCCAAAAUCCCCCCGAACUCCCACUUCCGGGCGGGCCGAUAAGGAGGAAAGCAUCUGGGACAAAAUUGGAACGCUGGGAAGGAAGAAGCGCAUAAAGGAAGUGCAAGAAAUCCAGGAGGAGGGCAAGAUUGCGAUCGACUCCCCCGGCAGCCCGAAUGCACCGAUCAUCCCGCCGGAGGACUACAACCUGGAGGACAAUGAAUCUCGCUCGAUCAUUCAGCCUGCCUCGCUGCAGAUGCCAAAGGUGAAGGAGCUGCUGCAGGUGCUGAUCGACUGGAUCAACGACGAGCUGGUGGAGGAGCGAAUCAUCGUCACCAACAUCGAGGAAGAUCUGUACGACGGCCAGGUGCUGCAGAAGCUGUGGGAGAAGCUGUCCAACAACAAGUUGAACGUGCCGGAAGUGACCCAGUCGGCGGAAGGCCAGCGCCAGAAGCUGUCCGUCGUGCUGAAUGCGGUGAAUCAUACGCUCGGCUACCAUCACAACACCCCAAAGUGGACGGUGGAAAGCAUACACACGAAGAACAUUGUGUCGAUCUUGCAUUUGCUCGUUGCGCUGGUGCGCCAUUACCGUGCCCCGAUCCGGCUGCCCGACAACGUGUUCGUGACGGUCGUGAUGGUGCAGAAGCUGAACGGCAAGCUCACCAGCCAGCGGUUCCAGGAGCAGAUUACCCAAUCGUACGAUGACGUUGGCAUGCGGUGCGAACCGGACGCGUUCGAUACGCUGUUCGACCAUGCGCCGGACAAGCUGAAGGUGGUGCAGCGCUCGCUGAUCUCGUUCGUGAACAAGCACCUGAACAAGCUGAACUUCGAGGCGGCCGAUCUGAACACGGACUUUAAGGACGGUGUGUUUCUGUGUCUGCUGAUGGGGCUGCUGGGUGGAUUUUUCGUACCGCUGCACGAUUUCCACCUCACGCCAAAGGAUGCCGAUCAGAUGACGCACAACGUGGCGUUCGCGUUCGAGCUGAUGAUGGACCAGGGCCUGAGACCGAAGGCAAGGCCGGAGGAUAUCGUUAAUAUGGAUUUAAAGUCCACGCUCCGGGUGCUGUACACACUGUUCACGAAGUACCGCAACAAUCCGUGAACGCGACGUGACCAGGAUAGAUCGAAAGAUGAAGCGUCAAGCGCCCGUUACUCGACAGCUAAUCCCAAUGCGCCUUCCGUGUUUUGUUUCUGUAACUGUUUUUUGCUGUGCUGCAACACGUGUGGUACGAGUAUAGAGAGUAUUAACAUAGGAAAACUAAUUAUAUUUAUACCCGAUCAAUGUCCCGACGAGAAGUGCUAAAAGAGAGAGACAGAGAGCAUAUGAUAUGUGUGUUUGUGCCUUCAGUCAGUGUUUUUUUUACAACUUAACUAGUGAUUAUUAAAUCCAUAACAAUCGAUGUUUGCUAACGUUUGCUGGUGAAAUAAAACGUUAACGCGAAACUAACCCAAAGGAAGGACGCUGUUAACUGUCGAUGAUGCAGAUUAAUAGUAAUGAAAGAAACACGACGAAUGUGUCUCGAACGAAACUGCCCUAUAGGCUAAGAAAACAUGAACAAAACAGAAACGGAUAACCAAACAAGGAUAACCAUCACUUAUCAACAUGCGAACUGCGUCAAUAUGCAAACCUCCCCUCUCUUGCCAUUCCAUCGCAACAAGCUUUUUGCACAAUUUACUUGUUCGUCCCACACCCGCAAACACACCCACAGAAACUCUCCAAUCAAGUUCAAGUACAUCACGGCACCUUGUGGGAUGUGCGUAUUGUAUUGUGGCUCAAAAAGUGUGUGCUAUUACCAUAGUUCCUUCCCUGCCGGUGUCACCGGUGAUUACACACGCGAUGCACAGUGCCGCAAAUUGCAAACGGCUCUAAUUGCACCGUUGGCGUAAUUACCGGUA